AUGGUCUCCGCGAAGUUAUCGUCUCUCACAUCCGCCUUUUCCGUCGAACCGCAGUUCCUGGUGUUGCCGUCGCUCGCCGUCAAGUUGCCUGUCUCAACCAUUAGCAUCCAAGAAUGGCCGAUUCCCCCGCGUGUAACUUUGGCGGAUCCUGCUUUCUUCGUUUCGCAAAAGGUGGACAUCAUUCUGGGUGCGGAAUACUUCUUCGACAUACUACGGUAUGGUCGGAUUCAACUAGGUGAGAAGCUGCCGUCUCUACAAAACACAGUCCUCGGGUGGAUUGUAUCCGGAGCGUGUCCAGUUGCUGAUCAUGACCAUGCUGAUCCUCGUGCUUGUUUUACCACCCACACCGCCCGGAUCGAGGAACUUCUCCAGAAGUUUUGGGAGCUGGAAACCGUUCGUGAGACCAAACCUUGGUCCCCUGAAGAAAAGUACUGCGAACAGCAUUUCGUCGAUAAUACAGCACGCAACGAGGACGGAAGGUAUGUUGUGAAACUCCCGAAACGUGAAGAGCUCUUGCUUCAGUUAAAGGAUAACCAAGGCCAAGCAGCGAAGCGCUUCUAUUCGUUAGAAAGGUCAUUGCAAGCGAAUCCAGAAAAGAAGGUACUCUACCACAACUUCAUCCAGCAGUACCUGGACAUGGGACACAUGCGAGAGGUUUCUUCCCAAGAGCUCGGCCAACGUCCGCAGUUUUUUCUCCCCCACCACGGAGUGUUGAAGAUGGACAGUGCCACCACCAAACUGCGCACGGUCUUCGACGGUUCUUGUAAGUCAAGUUCCGGCAUAUCCCUAAACGACGUCCUGCUUGCCGGUCCAACGAUUCAAGAUGCCUUGGUGGAGAUAGUUGUUCGCUUCCGUAUGCACCGUUUCGUAAUCGCUGCCGACAUUGAAAAGAUGUUCAGGCAGAUCCUAGUCCACCUCGAAGAUCAACCGCUUUCGAGAAUCUGGUUUCGCUUCGACUCGGAACAUCCUCUGAAGGCCUAUCAACUAGCGACUGUAACAUACGGACUGAAUAAUUCUCCCUUUCUGGCGACACGGGUGCUGAAGCAGCUGUCUGAAGACGAGGAGGAGAAUUUCCCGCUUGCGGCACCAAUUGCAAGGAAGGAUUUCUACAUGGACAACCUUCUAAGUGGCUGCAGCGAUGAAACGGAGCUGAUCACAAUUGUCAGUCAAAUGAUCGAGUUGCUUCGCGCAGGAGGAUUUCCACUUCGGCAGUGGUCAUCGAACUGUCAGGCGGUCCUUGACGUCAUUCCGGAAGAGUUGAGGGAAACGCGUACAUUGUUGGAGCUCGAUGAAAACAACCCAAUAUCUGCUCUUGGGCUGCUUUGGGAACCGGCAAACGAUAAACUCGCGUUCAAGUUGCCCAAACUGAAGGAAAAUGCACCGCUGACAAAACGAACAGUUCUAUCUCAAAUGAGCAGUUUGUUCGACCCUCUUGGGUUGCUUGGGCCUGCGAUUGUUCGAGCGAAGAUAUUGAUGCAGUCGCUGUGGAAGCAACACCUCGACUGGGACGCGCCGUUGCCAGAAAGUUUCCGAAAAGAUUGGCAGGAAUUCCAGGACAGCAUACCCUUCAUCCGGGACUUCAAGGUUUCCCGCGCAGUAGUGAAGUACCCCUACCACCGGCUUGAGUUACACGGGUUCAGCGACGCGUCGGAGCUAGCCUACGGUGCGUGCAUCUACCUCCGGUCAGUGGAUGAGAACAACAAGUGCACCGUUGAACUCUUGAUAGCCAAAUCUCGUGUUGCGCCCAUUAACAGUAAAUCGGUUCCGCGGUUGGAGCUUUCCGCUGCGCUCUUGCUAGCACACUUGCUCGAGUUGGUGAGUAAAAGCACAUCUCUUUCCGUACCCGUCUACCUGUGGACGGACUCCACCGUGGUGUUGAGCUGGCUAGCGGCACCACCAUCAACAUGGAAAACCUUUGUGGCGAAUAGAGUGGCGGAGAUACAGGAGAUCACAUCGUCUGCCGUCUGGAACCACGUGCCUUCGGAAGAUAACCCAGCGGAUAUGAUAUCACGAGGCGUCAAUCUUCGGGAUUUGACUGAGUGCACUUUCUGGUGGCAUGGGCCAAGAUGGCUCAGGCUGUCUACGUUACCGUGGCCGGACAAAUACGUGGUGAAUAUCGAACAAAGUGAAGAACUAGAACCUCGUAAAACCUUCGCGUUACCGAUAAUAGCAGAGAGUGAAGACAUUAUCGACCGAUAUUCGCAGCUCGGUCGCCUGCUAAGAGUUUGUGCGUGGGGGCAUCGGUUCCGUGAAAAUACUCGUCGCGAAGUGACUGAUCGCGCUACCGGUCCGUUGUCGUCCACGGAAAUCGAUUACGCGCUCGUCGGUCUCGUUCGUCGUGUGCAAGAGGAACAUUUUGGUCCGGAGAUCGCUCAGCUCGAGCAGGGGCUUCCCGUUGGCAAGAAGUCAAAGUUGCGGUUCCUGAAGCCGUCGCUUGUCCAGGGCGUUAUUAGAGUCGGCGGCCGGCUCCAUCAUUUUGCGCUCUCUGUUGACGAAAAACAUCCUAUCGUACUCCCUGCUAAACAUCACCUGACGUGGCUGAUCGCCGCUUCGGAACACGCAAGGACUCUCCAUGGUGGUCCGACUCUUCUACUUUCGUCGCUCCGUCAACGGUUUUGGCCACUCAAUGGGCGGAAUCUCGCUCGAUCCGUCGUUCAUCAGUGCGUCACCUGUGCUAGAGCUCGUCCUCGGUUGCUCGAGCAAAUGAUGGGAGAUCUGCCACCAGUGAGGGUCAACCGAUCCUUCCCAUUUGACAACGUUGGCGUUGAUUUUGCUGGACCUCUCUACGUGCGCCACUCGAGUCGCAAGGCGGCUUCGAUCAAGGUGUAUGUCGCAGUCUACGUGUGUCUAGGGAUCAAGGCGGUACAUCUCGACUUAGUACCUGAUCUUACUACCGAAGGGUUCGUCGCCAGUCUUCGUCGCUUUGUCGGCAGGCGAGGAAAACCACAUCACAUCUACUGCGACAACGGUCGUAACUUCGUUGGUGCGCAGCGAGAGCUGGGAGAACUACGUAGACUGUUUCUAUCCCAAGCGCACAAGGACGCCGUGACAAAGGAGUGCACCGACGGAGGAAUAGAAUUCCACUUCAUACCGCCCAGAUCGCCGUCAAUGGGUGGCAUUUGGGAAGCUGCGGUGAAGUCAAUGAAGUUUCAUCUUCGACGUGUUGUGGGGAACGCGUUGCUCACUGAAACAGAACUCCGCACUGUACUGAUUCAGAUAGAAGCGACGUUGAAUUCCCGCCCCAUAUCACCGAUGUCAGAGGAUCCGCAAGACCUGGAACCCCUGACUCCAGGACACUUUCUGGUUGGCAGACCACUCAAUGCCAUACCGGAGCCAGACCUUGGAAACGUAUCGGAGAAACAGCUGUCGCGCUGGCAGCGAGUUCAGAACUUGUCCCAGCACUUCUGGAGGCGAUGGAGCAGAGACUACCUCAGCAACCUACAAAAUCGCUACCGCUGGACGGAGAUUUCAGCGAACUUGGUCAAGAACACUAUCGUCUUACUUCAGGACGAGAACUUGCCUCCGCAGAAGUGGGCCAUCGGGAGGAUCGUCGAAGUUCAUCCGGGCAAGGACGGGCUCGUAAGAGUUGUCUCGGUAAGGACAGCCGCUGGAGUAACACAGAGGGCAGUAAGUAAGCUGUGUCUGCUACCUGUGGAAAUAGACGCAGAGCUUGCAACCGCUCCGUUGAGCGUAGUGAGCCGUCCGGCGCCAGACGAGGAGGAAUGA